UAAUAUAGUUUAUUGAUAAGUGUGUUUUCCAUAGUUGUUAAACGCGGGAAUAAUUAUUCAGUUACUUAUGUAUCUAAUGCAAAGUAGUUUUAUUCAUUUACAAAGUUCUGAUAGUGAAGUGUAAUUAGUGUAAUUAGAAUAUAAUUGUUCCUCCCAAUUGCCAUGGAAGAUCUAUUAAUAUCAUAGUAUAUGUUCUGAUGUGGCCAUGCGAAUAUUUUUACUUUUCUAUUUAACCAUGGUUUUGCAUAGAAAAGGUAUUGCCAGAGCUACAGUUACAGUGAAAGAAAUUAUGGCUGGUCAUUUAGCUGAACUUCCAUGUUUAAGCAGUGAUGAUCAGCAUCGAUUCAUGUUUUGGCAACUUACCGAUGAUAGACAUGUAAUUGGUCCUGGAAAUCCUUUAGAUGUGAAUAAGUACAAUUAUGAAGUGUUAACGGGGACACUUUAUAUUAGGGGAGUAUCGACUGCUGAAUCUGGUUUUUAUAAAUGUAUUUCAAAGGGUAUACACGAUCAUUCUGCUGUUAAUGUUCAUAUUGUUGAAUUAAUAGUUAAGAAAAAUUGGGAAGAUGUUUGGGAAAACGAUUUUGAGGCAAAUUUGCUAAGAGGAAUGGCUGCUACGAUGGUAGUAGUUGUAGCUGUUGCUGUUAUCCUUCUUAUUAUAAUUAUCAAACGGAAAAGGAGUCAUGGAUUCUUCGAUUUGGAUGAAUCAAGAGAAAAUUCACCGGCAAGAUUUAGAGGAAACAUUAUAAAUACAGCACCUGCCAUACCCACUCAAGAAGUUGAUGAUGGCGGAAUUGAAAAUCCUCUUGAUAUUGACUUUCCCAAAGUAUUUAAUCAAAUGCAAAAAAAUCAAGGAUUACCAUAAGGAUUUAUGGAACCCUAUAUGUGUUUCUUAAAGAUUAGAAAAAAAAAAAAAAAAAAAAAAGAAAAAAAAAAAAGAAGAAAACAAACUUUCAUAAAAAGAGGAAAGCAAAAGGGAAGAAACGUAAAGCAAUUUCAUGUCAGUAUCAAAUUGUGAUACCUAUGAUGAAUAUAGAGAAAUUAUAAUUUAUAUAUAAAUUGUGAUAGAACUUGUGCAAUCCAAAAAAAAAAAAAAAAAAAAAAAAAAAAAAAACGUGUUA